CCAGACUAUCAAAGUAUUUUUCAACUGCACUGUCACCGCACUUGAACUUGGAAUCUUGUAAGCUGAAGAACUGCACUGGGAGAAAGAAGACAUUUCUAACAAAUGGGAAAUUAUAAAUCAAGACCAACCCAAACUUGUACUGAUGAAUGGAAGAAGAAAGUCAGUGAAUCUUAUGUUAUUGUAAUAGAAAGAUUAGAAGAUGACCUGCAGCUCAAAGAAAAAGAGCUUACAGAACUGAGGCAUAUAUUUGGUUCUGAUGAUGCCUUCAGUAAGGUCAAUUUAAAUUACCGCACAGAAAAUGGUCUGUCUCUACUUCAUUUAUGUUGCAUUUGUGGAGGCAACAAGUCCCAUAUUAGAACCCUUAUGUUAAAAGGUCUCCGCCCGUCUCGACUGACAAGAAAUGGAUUUACAGCCUUGCACUUGGCAGUUUACAAGGAUAGUGCAGAAUUGAUCACUUCUCUGCUUCACAGUGGAGCUGACAUACAGCAGGUUGGGUAUGGCGGCCUCACUGCCCUGCAUAUUGCUACAAUUGCUGGCCACCUGGAGGCUGCUGAUGUGCUGUUGCAGCAUGGAGCUAAUGUCAACAUUCAGGAUGCAGUUUUCUUCACUCCAUUACACAUUGCAGCUUACUACGGGCAUGAACAGGUAACACGCCUCCUUUUGAAAUUUGGCGCUGAUGUAAAUGUAAGCGGUGAAGUUGGAGAUAGGCCCCUCCACCUGGCAUCUGCAAAAGGAUUCUUUGAUAUUGCAAAACUCUUGGUAGAAGAAGGCAGCAAAGCAGACGUGAAUGCUCAGGACAAUGAAGACCACGUCCCACUCCAUUUCUGUUCUCGCUUUGGACACCACGAUAUAGUGAAGUACCUGCUCCAGAGUGAUUUGGAAGUUCAGCCACAUGUUGCUAAUAUUUAUGGAGACACCCCUUUGCACCUGGCAUGCUACAAUGGCAAAUUUGAAGUUGCCAAGGAAAUCAUCCAAAUAUCAGGAAUCGAAAGUCUGACUAAAGAAAACAUCUUCAGUGAAACAGCUUUUCACAGUGCUUGUACCUAUGGCAAGAGCAUUGACCUGGUUAAAUUUCUUCUUGAUCAGAAUGUCAUAAGUAUCAACCACCAAGGAAGGGACGGGCACACAGGAUUGCACUCUGCUUGCUACCAUGGUCAUAUCCGCCUGGUUCAGUUCUUACUGGAUAACGGAGCUGAUAUGAAUCUGGUAGCUUGUGAUCCAAGCAGGUCUAGUGGUGAAAAAGAGGAGCAGACAUGUUUGAUGUGGGCUUAUGAAAAAGGGCAUGAUGCAAUUGUCACACUCCUGAAGCAUUAUAAGAGACCUCAGGAUGAAUUGCCCUGUAAUGAAUAUUCUCAACCUGGAGGAGAUGGCUCCUAUGUGUCUGUUCCAUCCCCUCUGGGGAAGAUUAAAAGCAUGACAAAAGAGAAGGCAGAUGUUCUCCUCCUAAGAGCUGGAUUGCCUUCACAUUUCCAUCUUCAGCUCUCAGAAAUUGAGUUCCAUGAGAUUAUUGGCUCAGGUUCUUUUGGGAAAGUAUAUAAAGGACGAUGCAGAAAUAAAAUAGUGGCUAUAAAACGUUAUCGCGCCAACACCUACUGCUCCAAGUCAGAUGUGGAUAUGUUUUGCCGAGAAGUGUCCAUUCUCUGCCGGCUCAAUCAUCCCUGUGUCAUUCAGUUUGUGGGGGCUUGCUUGAAUGAUCCCAGCCAGUUCGCCAUCGUCACUCAGUAUAUAUCAGGGGGUUCUCUAUUCUCCCUCCUUCAUGAACAAAAGAGGAUUCUUGAUUUGCAGUCUAAAUUAAUUAUUGCAGUAGAUGUUGCCAAAGGUAUGGAGUACCUCCACAACUUGACGCAGCCAAUUAUACACCGUGACUUAAACAGUCACAAUAUUCUUCUCUAUGAGGAUGGGCAUGCCGUGGUGGCAGAUUUUGGAGAAUCAAGAUUUCUGCAGUCUCUGGAUGAAGACAACAUGACAAAACAACCUGGGAACCUCCGCUGGAUGGCUCCUGAGGUGUUCACACAGUGCACACGGUACACCAUCAAAGCGGACGUCUUCAGCUAUGCUCUGUGCCUGUGGGAACUUCUCACUGGCGAAAUUCCAUUUGCUCAUCUCAAGCCAGCCGCUGCUGCAGCCGACAUGGCUUACCACCACAUCAGACCUCCCAUCGGCUAUUCCAUUCCCAAGCCCAUAUCAUCUCUGCUGAUGCGAGGGUGGAAUGCCUGUCCCGAAGGAAGACCUGAAUUUUCUGAAGUUGUUACCAAGUUAGAAGAGUGUCUCUGCAACAUAGAGCUUAUGUCUCCUGCAUCAAGUAACAGCAGUGGGUCUCUCUCACCUUCCUCUUCUUCUGAUUGUCUGGUGAGCCGGGGAGGGCCUGGCCGGAGCCACGUGGCCGCUUUACGGAAUCGUUUUGAGUUGGAAUAUGCUCUCAAUGCAAGGUCCUAUGCUGCCUGGUCCCAGAGGUGCUGAUACCUGACACAGGUGAGAAAGAAAAUGUGGACAAAGAGCACACAGCACUGACGUCUUUAGGCGCCUCAUAGAGAAUGGAGAGAUCAUCCACCUGCUCACAGAAGUCCUCCUCGGCAAUCUUUGAGCCAGAACUUCAAGGGCAGAUGAUCCUUUUUUUGUAAACAACUUCAGUGUUUCAAGAUUUUUUUAAUAAUCUAACCAUUUCCCUUCAUUCUGAAAUUUCCUACCAGCCAGGAAAAAAAACAAAAUAGCUAAUGUUAAGACUAGAAAGUGAAUGCUGCUGUCCACUCAUUCAUUCACUCACUUGGUCAAACAUAUUUACGAGCCUGGGGAGGGGGUUCAUAACUUCCACAUGUUUUGGUAAAUGCUAGUUCCUGACUUGAGACAGUAACAGUACAGACAGGAAGGCAUCAUCAAAUCCAUGACCUACGAUGAAGUUAAGUACCUAGAAUCAAGAAAGCAAGUCCUUCCACCAUGGGGACUGGUAUGUGGGUGGAACUGUUUGUGUAUGGGACGGGGUGAAGGGAGAGAUGGAGCUGAUAUGAGAUGAAGAGCAGAAGUAGUCUAGGCCUCCUGCUGGGCACCUAAGCCAUGCGGCCUCAGCAGCAAUGGCACGGUCAGCCCUGUUUUAUAGACACAUCAUUUCCACAGCUCUGUUGUGGCCUAGAUCGGAAAAGGGCUACCUCAUGGCAGAGGAAAUUAGUUAUAGUAUUGUCAGGUUCAGGCUUUAGUUCAUCGUGCUGGGUUUAAAAGAGGAAUGGCAAGACUUGGGGAAUAUCACAGGUUACAAAUAACAUGGUUCCUACUUCGCAGAUGAAGAUGGCCUUACAGAGUCCCAAUCACUAUCUCAGACAUUUUUUCUUCAGUAGAAAUAGUGGAUAUGUGCCCUCCAUGUCCACAGCCCUUAUUACGACAGGUUAAGGCAGCUUAUUCCAAGGAUUUUCCAGGAUUAGAAAAUUCUCAGACAAUAUAUCCUUACUGACAAUUCACACAAAUGAUCUCAAUAAUCGUUAACCACACGGUAGACGAUAUUUUCUUUAGCAACUUCUCUCCAAAUGUGACAGCAGUCUAAAAGGAAUAUUUACAGUGCAUGUUCCCAUAAGCAGAAUUACGAGGAAACCCCGAUAACAGUUUGAAACACCACUGUCCCCAGCUCUGUUGUGGUAGGUUAUUCAUAGCAUGUCCCCAUUUUGGCAGAUGUGAUUCAUUACUGUGUAUCACAGGGAUCAUUCUCAACACCUGUGGACACUUUUUAUGAGCAAUGUAUCUGUAGGGGUAAUUCUGUUAAAGGAGGUUAAUGACAUUAAUCCCAUUUUACAGAUGGGAAUAAAAGCAACUGGUUUAUCAUAUUUUCUCAGGUCAGAUAGUAAAUCAAUGCCUCAUUUACAUUCAUUAGAAUUUUCACUCCAUUCAAUUUCAAACUAAGCUCCUUCCCUAAGGCACUUAAUUGGCAUCAAGAAUUUUCUGGCAUUUGCUCCUCACUGAUUCUCCUGUCAGUUGAGGCCAUAUAUGAGCAAGGCGCUGGUUUAAUGGUACGAGACCUGCCAGGAAAUUGUGAGUGGGUCAGCUGAGCCAGCCUGUAGAAGGUAGUUUAGGAUCAGUGCAGGGGUAGCCUUCAAUAACAAUGGUUAGCAAUAGUGGUAUUAACGGAGGGCUCCAUAUGUGUGGGCCCUGUGUUGAGCAUUAUGUAUGAUCUAUUGCUCAUAACUCAUAGUGGCGGCCUCAGUUAGACCGCAUUUUUCAAAUGAGAAAAGGGAGGUUCAGAGAUUGGCUUGGGUAAGGCAUACAGCAUUAAGCAGAAAGAGGAUUUGAGACUAGACCAUCUGAAGACAGACUAUGGUUUCAGUCACUAAGCCUGUGGUUCUCAAAUGUUACUAUUCAUCAGAAUCACCUGGAAGCACCUUAAAGCACAAAUCACUGGCUCACUCCCAGAGUUUGGUGUGAUGCAGAGUUGAAAUUUUGCGUUUCUAACCACUUCUCAGGAAAACUGAGGCUCGCGAUCCAGAUACCAUGCUUUAAGAACUGCUUUCGGUAAUAUUUAGUGUGAUUUGUCUUUGACUGUUGUUCAGCACACAGUGGGAAGCCAUUCGCAGUUUUGGUGGAAGUCAUGACCUGGCCAGAGUUCUGUUUUUAAAAGAUUAAUCUGGCAGCUGUGUACAGGGUACCAGAGGACAGAUGGCCAGCCAGGAGGUUCCCAGCUAAGGCAAGCAGAAACAGAGAGACAGCAAUAGAUGUGGGGAAGUAUUGCCCCACUGGAGGGAGAGAAUUUGCUGAUUGAGGAAAAAGGGGUCAUCAGAGGUGACCCUCUACUUUUUUUGGUCUGAGUGGCCAGAAGAGUUGUCACACCAUUUCUAGAAAUUGAGAGGGCACAAGGGGGUCCACCUACUUGUGCAUUUUAUCACCUGUUUCCACAGAGCUUCCUACCAUUUGUUCCCUUUUUCUACUGUUUUUCUUUAUGAGAUUUCCAAAGUGUUUUCCUCUUC